CGCUCUCAUCCUCCUCCAUCUCCUCUUUUCUCCUGCGAUUUUAAUAUUAACUCCAACCAGAGCAGCGUCGGCUUAAGCCCCGAACAACGUCCGGAAUCCUCGCCGCCACAGAUGCGUCGGGCUGCGGCUGCCGAGACUCUCGCCUCCACCUGCUGCUCAGCGACAAACUUCUGAGUCCACCAAGCCGCAGAAACCUCGGAUGAUGUUCGCGCCGCGGAUCAACAAGUCCGCGUCGUUUCUCACGCACUGACCGUGCAUGGCUGCGGUAUGGAGAUAGCCUUGGUGAGCUUUGAGAACGGCGGUGCCAAAGGGAGCGGAGGUGGAGGUGGAGGAGGAGGAGGAGGAGGCAACAAUGCCGAUGAAAGCUGCCGGAACGCGCUGGAUGUCCCUCAGCCGGGGUUCGUGCAGGAGUACGGGGGUAAAGAGCUGAACACCCGGGGCAGCCCCGGACAUCAGCAUCAUCAUCAUCAGCAGCAGCAUCAGCAUCAGCAGCAGCAGCAGCAGCGGAUCCACAGCAGCGGAUCCUGGAAGAUCAACGACAUGAACAACACGUUCAGCUGCAGCGAGAACGCCAUGGAUGCGCUUUUACGCGCGGACCACAGCCCGCACCUGUUCGACGAGGACAUGCUGGACAUGGAAAUGGACAUGGAGAGCAACGAGAGGGUGCUCAUUAACAUAGCCGGCCUCAGGUACGAGACCCAGCUGGGCACCCUGAACCAGUUUCCAGACACUCUACUCGGUGACCCAGCUAAGAGGAUCAAGUACUUUGACCCCCUCCGAAACGAGUACUUCUUUGACCGCAACAGACCGAGCUUUGACGGGAUUCUGUAUUUUUAUCAGUCAGGAGGUAAAAUCCGGAGACCGGUGAACGUGUCCAUCGAUGUGUUUGCAGACGAGAUUAGGUUUUAUCAGCUGGGGGAGGAGGCCAUGGAGAGGUUCCGUGAGGAUGAAGGAUUCAUCAAGGAGGAGGAGAAGCCCCUGCCCCAGAACGAGUUCCAGAAGCAGGUGUGGCUCAUCUUCGAGUACCCGGAGAGCUCCAGCCCUGCGCGGGGCAUCGCCAUAGUGUCCGUGAUCGUCAUCACAAUAUCCAUCAUCACCUUCUGCCUGGAGACGCUGCCAGAGUUCAGGGACGAGCGGGAGCUUCAGGUAACCAGCCGCCUGGACAACAACAGCAACAGCACCAUCCCACGGCCCUCGCUCACCUUCACCGACCCCUUCUUCAUCAUCGAGACCACGUGCGUCAUCUGGUUCACCUUCGAGCUGUUUGUGCGGUUCUUCGCCUGCCCCAGCAAGUCCGAGUUCUCCAAGACCGUGAUGAACAUCAUCGACAUCAUGUCCAUCAUGCCUUACUUCAUCACCGUGGGCACGGAGCUGGCGGAGCAGCAGGGGCAGGAGCACCAGAACGGCCAGCAGGCCAUGUCACUCGCCAUCCUUAGGGUCAUUCGCCUGGUCCGGGUCUUCCGCAUCUUCAAGCUCUCCAGACACUCCAAGGGUCUGCAGAUCCUGGGGCAGACUCUGAAAGCAAGCAUGCGGGAGCUGGGCCUCCUUAUCUUCUUCCUCUUCAUCGGGGUCAUCCUCUUCUCCAGCGCAGUGUUCUUUGCGGAGGCAGAUGAGCCAGAGUCCCACUUCUCCAGCAUCCCAGACGCGUUCUGGUGGGCCGUGGUCACAAUGACAACUGUCGGCUACGGCGACAUGAGGCCGAUCACGGUGGGCGGGAAAAUCGUGGGCUCCCUGUGCGCCAUCGCCGGUGUCCUGACCAUCGCUCUUCCUGUGCCGGUCAUCGUCUCCAACUUCAACUACUUCUACCACCGGGAGACGGACCAGGACCAGUCCUCGCUGAAAGACGAGCCCAACAGCGGCAGGGCGAGUCCUGAGCUCAAGCGCAAGGGAAGCAAGACCUCCAACAAGUCCCAGGAUGUGGAGAACAACGAUCCGGCCGCAGGUGCAGCAGCAGAGAAGGCGAACAUCAAAGCCAACAGCAACAUGGACUUCAAGAAAUCCCUUUACGCGUUCUGUCUGGACACACGAGAGACAGAUCUGUAGACCAGCAAGGGACAAACUGUCAUGGCCCACGUUUAGUUGUGUAGAAUAAUUACCUCCGUCAAUGGGCUUUUAGGUGAUUUUGCACACGGUGGCAGCCGUGGAGGAGGAUCUGGAAACGUUUCAGGAGAGGUUGAUUCAUAAAGUCCAUUCAUAUUUAUAUAUCUAUCAGUAAACCCAGGACUUUUAGAGACAACCACACAACACAGAGUGGCCCUUUAAUACAGCAGGAGGACACAUGAGGCAGUAAAGGGAUAGUUCAGGUCUUUUUUUUUAAACGUGGUUGUAUGAGGUGCUGACACAUGACUGCACCACAUGUGCCGCAGGUGUCGCCAAACCCCCCCCCCCCGAAAAAUUCAAUCAUCGUCAUCAGCUUAUGUCGGCAAUAUCUUAAGAAUACAUUUGCGACUUUUUGAUAGAAAUUGAAAAACUGCUCACUCACAAAAACCAAAUCCCAUAGAGAAAAUUGUGAUUUUCAUGGUGACACGUGAGCUGCUGGUCUACUGCGGCCUUUCUUACUGAGUUUAUGUCACCGUAGUAAAUCUAAACAACACAUUUUAAAUCCCGAUGUGACAAAAAUUUCACGUUUGAAUUUACUUUGACACGUUUAAAAUUGCUGAUUUUCUCUAUGGGGUUUGGUGUGGGACGGUGUGAGCGACACAAACUUCAGUUUCCAGGCAAAAAAGGGCAAAUGUGACAUGGAUUUUAUUCACCUUUUGUUAAAGUUGUUUUUCCCUGUGAGCUAAUGUGCCAGUGCUUCACACCGCCGCGCUUCAAAAAACCACACGGACUAACCCUUUAAGUCUGCGCAGCACACAAUCAAAGACACACCAGUACUGUACUCUCUGUACAUAACACGUAGGAAAACAGUUGAUUUUCAGUGCAAAGACAAAGCCAAACCUUCCCCCGCGUACACUUAGUCGUUAUGUUUACAUGAAAACAUUUAUGUACAUAUUUUUACCCCCAUUACUGAUUUUAAAAUAUGAACAAGAAAAAAAAUAAGAAGAGAAGUUUAUUUUUUAGGAUGCAGACACCUGUUUUCCUUCACUCAGGUUCUGUCAAAGACACAAGACUGGAUUAUAGUUUGCUCGCACGGACCUACAGAGAGGAUUUAAAGACGACGGCGAUCGGUGGCGGCGACUGGCGGCAGCAGCCUCGUUCGCGGUCGACGCUCUAUGGAUUUAUUUUGAAAUGGACAAGGACAAAGGAUGUGGACUUAAAAGGCCAAGAAAACAGCACAGAGCCGAGGACAUCUGGAGACAGAGACAGAGAGAGAAAGAAACCAGGUUUCCCUGCUCUGACACACCUGAUCCACAUAAACGAGUCGUUAUCAGACGUCUGCAGAGAGUUGAAGCGCUUGCCCUCCGACCCCCGACUACAGGAACGCACUCUACCUGGAAACAAAAACCUGCUGCUGCUGCAAAACAAAACAUGACAAGAAGAAGAAAAAAAAAACAGCAUCUACGACCCUUUUUUGAACUCUGUGCCUUCAACCAAAAUUCACCAGUGAUACUUCUGAAGAUAUUCUUUUUUUUGUUUUGUUUUUGUCUUGUUUUUCUUGCGUACAGGACUCAGAAGAUUUACAGUAUAUCCGCCUGAUGUUGGAGGGCCUGGGAUUGUGCUGCUUUGUCUCUCUGGAGGAAUAAAAAAAACAAAAAGAAACUUAUAGAACAUGCAACUUUUCAUCAUUUCAUGUCCUAAAAAUCUUCUUUUUUUCUACAAGUUGUGUCAGUGAUUUCCUUCAUAUCAGAAGAAAUCCCUUUGCUGUGCAAUAUCAGUCAAUAUUUAUGUGACGUUGUCGUGUGGAUGUCGACUCUGGACGGACUUUUUGGUUUAUUUUUGUAACAGCGUUUUUCGUGAUUUCUAUUUUUCUAGAACAAUGACACGCAUGAGGGGGAGUAAGCGAAACCAUCUAAGGGAGAAAGGAAAGCGAUGUUUUGCUUGUUGCUAAAAAAGACAAUUUUGUUUAGGUUGCAUUUCCUCCUCCUCGUCAAACGUCCCUUCCUGCUCCGACCAGGGCCAAAGCCAUAGCCUAUCUCAGAUACCGACGCGCCAGGCAUUUAAACACAAACACACCAGGGACCCCAGCCGCAAGAUGCAUUCAGGGUCUAACACCACAAGCUCCUCUUGUCCGGUUUUUUGGAUUUUCUGAGCAGAGUUUUGGUUUCUGCUGUUCUGUUCAGGGGCUUGAACCUGAAAUCUUUAGUAUUCUCUACCUUUGUGUGGCCUGUUCUUCUCGCUGUUACUUUGUACUUCCUCCGACAUAUCAAUCAAACUAAAAGUGGCAUGAGUGUGGGAGUGCGUGCAAGUGGGAACGAAUGAGUAAGAGUCAGAAUGUGAGGCGGAAUACUGUAAAUUCUCAAAUGAAUGAUUGGUACCACUGUUUAUUUGAAAAAUAUAUUUUAUUUAUUUAUUAUUAAUAAUAGUGAUUAGUUACUGACCAUUACAUCAUGCUCUAAGUCCAUGUGACGGUGGAAGCUGAGGUAGAUUUUGUGGUUAUUGAACAUAUAUAUAUAUAUAUAUAUAUAUAUAUAUACAUAUUUAUAUAUAUGUAUCAUAUCAAGUGACAUGAGUGAGAACAAGACUUCCUCGUCACUUUCUCUUGAGCCUGUUCUCAGCCUUUCGAAGAUGAGAGACUUAAUUACCAGGCAGUUGAAAAGGUGUGGGGCCUAAAAUUGAGCCUUGUGGAACACCACAAUUAAACAAAUACACUACAAAUAGACUAUAACUGUGAUUUUUUUGGUUUUUGCUCAGUCAAUCUGCUGGUCUGACUAAGUAUACAUUAAAUUUGUGCCUUGUCAACUAUUUGCAAUUGACCAUAUGGUGGAAAGUCCUGUUUAUUUUUGCCGUAGAUUGGUUGGUCAUGGAUUACAUUGAAAUUCUUAGAUAAUAUUGCCAAUAAUAAAUACCAGUAAAUAGAAUAGAACCCUAUUUGAUAUAAAGACAGCUGUUUGAGAAUUUACAGUGAUUCCAUGUUUUAUGGUUCCAACCCUAUUCUCUGCAGUUGUGAUUUGUGUUACGUGUUACCUUGAAGCUGCUAAACCCUGUACUGUGUAGAUCAGAGAUGUCCUGCCUUGUCCCUGAAGUCCUACAUACGUCCUCCAUAAGCUGUCCAUAUACAGUACCUCUCACAUAAGCACACACACAUUGACUUUAUAGGCAUCAUUGGGUGUAUUGAUUUUAGUUACAUCAGUGUGUGGUACACUCAAUUCAGUUUGUGCCUUUCAGGGAAAAACGUCACUUUCACAACAACACACAGUUAUUUUGUGAAUGGUUUGUUGCAGUGGUUUUGUUUUGUCCUGUAGUGAACCGAUCAAAGAGGCCAGUUACUGUUGACGUUAUAGACUGCAUGCGAUCAAAUAGUUUUCAUCGUAAAUAGGUGCAGAAACUACGUGAACCCCCCCUUAAAAUUUGGAAAAAAUUUAAUUUUCUAUUCUCAUGACCCUCGGUGUCCCAGUCAAUGGUUCCGUCUGUAAGGUUUAGAAAAACAGCUAAAUUCUGAUUUAGUUCUCACAGUUGGACCUACCGAACCUCGGGUAAAUUGAUAAUAAGUCCGUAUCAUUUGUCACAUAACGUUUAUUAUUCUUAUUCAAUGCCUUACCAACAAGAAGCAUGACAAAAUAAUAGCCAAGAGCACAAUUUGAAAUGUGAGGACAAGAUGAAGAAGAAGGUCAACCCGAGAGAAGACGCAGACAUGGAUGCUCAUUAAAACACCCCCUGAAACAAAGUACAUCUAUUUAAGUGCGGUAUUGGUUUUCUCUCUUCAGACAAAGACAUUUACUACACUUACUAUCUAGAACUUGUGUUUUUGGAGCCCUAAAACACUUUGUUUUGUUGUGUUUUCAUGUAUAACGGUAAUGUCAUGACACCAUCUUCUCCACUCUUUAUGUGUUUUAGUGGCAGUGUUAGAGCGCCACAUAUAGGCUCGACAUUUCAUAUAUGAAUUUCAGCUUUAAGAACAAAAAUUAAAACAGAUUAUAUAUCUGUAUUUGUGUGAUUAGAGUUUUAUUGACGAGUUACCCCAAUAAAAGCUAUGUUUUUAAACCAGUUUUGCUUCAAACUUUAUGUGCAAUACUUCUAUAUCUUCAGGAACCGUUUGCUUUAAUUUGUCUUUCGUUAUAAACACAAUAACAACAAAAAGAACAAAAACCCUAAAGGCACAAACUGGUGCUCAUGGUCCACAACUCCAUGUUCUUCAAUGUUUUUUGUGAAAAGCAACUGUUUUUUUUUAUUUAUAAUUUUUUUUAUUGCAUGGUUUUGACUGAAAAUGAUGAUUAUGACGACGUGUUCUGCCAUUAGUAGAGGAGGUAGUUUGCCUGUGAGUGUGAAUCGCCCGUGAAGCUGCCUCCGUCCUCCGUCAAGUACCUUGUUCUGACAUUGCCUCCCGCCCCCCGCCCCCUUCCGAAAAACAACGCUGCCAAAUUGGUCUGAAAAGCCAAAAUCUUCUUCUUCUUCUGACGUUUUCUCUGUGUAUAGGUGGUUCAAGUGUAUCACAUGUUUAAACCUUGUCCCGUUAAUGUUACAUUGUGUUUUUAAUAAAUAAAAAAAGAACCCCCCCCGUUUGUUAAAAUGUUAAUAAUAUAUGCAGAAGAGUUAUGAAAUAAACUGAAACAAACUUGA